UCAGCCGGGGGAGAGCACCGCUGCGCCCGUUAUCGGACGCGGCGCUGCUCGCCGCCUUUCGCCCUCAGGUUAAACACUUGGUCGGUCGGCAACCAGCCGGUUAACGGUUUCUUCUACUCUCCGUUUAAUGAACAACUGACGGACUUCACUCUCGAAACCCUCACCCUCCACACAGUUCCAUUGUCGGACAGAGUCGCGUCAAGCUCCAUAAAACGAAACCGGUCCUCAGGUGAGCUGACAGGAUGCCCAGGUUUCAGGAGGUGGGGCCGGGUCAGGCUCCGCCCCCUGGAGGCAGCGGCCUGGUUGCUAAGCGAUACAGCAUCCUGCAGAGUCUGGGCCGAGGAAGUUUUGGCUCGGUUUAUCUGGUUGAGGACACCAGAGCUGCAGACGGAGAGCAGCUGAAGGUGUUGAAGCAGAUUCCUCUGGGCGACCUUCGACCUGACGAGACAGUCCGAGCUACGCGGGAAGCCCAGCUGCUGUCUCAGCUGCACCACCCGGCCAUCCUCACCUUCUACCACAGCUUCCUGGAGAGAGACGCCUUCUGCAUCGUCACAGAGUACUGCCAGGAUCGGGAUCUGGACUGUAAGCUGGAGGAGGUGAGACGAGCUGGACGGAGCCUCCCCGAAAUCCAGGUCAUCGAUUGGCUCGUCCAGCUGCUGCUGGGCCUUCACUACAUGCACGAUAGGCGAAUCCUCCACAGAGAUCUGAAGGCCAAGAACGUCUUCCUGAAACGAAACCUUGUUAAAAUCGGUGAUUUUGGUGUUUCCUGCCUGCUGAUGGGAUCAAGUGACCUGGCCACCACCUUCACAGGGACCCCGUACUACAUGAGUCCAGAGUUGCUGAACCACCAGGGAUACGACUCAAAGUCUGACAUCUGGGCUCUAGGCUGCCUCCUCUUUGAGAUGUGCUGUCUGACCCAUGCCUUCCAGGGACCAAGCUUCCUGUCUGUGGUGAGGAAGAUUGUGGAGGGAGAAACCCCGACGCUGCCCGCUUUGUACUCUCCUGAUCUGAACUCUGUCAUGCAGAGGAUGCUGCAGAAACAACCGUCAUCCAGACCAUCAGCUGCAGAACUUCUCAAAACCACGUUCAUGGAGAAAAACAUGCAGAAGAUGAAGGACAGGCUUGAGUUUGUGUCGUCAGGAGAGAAAGAUGCUGAGCUCAUCGCCAAGAACAUGCAGACAAAGGUUCACCUGCAGACGCUGAGGGAGAGGUCAGAGGUGGAGAGGAUGUCGCCGAGAGAGAGAAUGAGGCUCCGCAAAUUGCAGGCUGCUGACGAAAAGGCCAGGAGACUCAGGAAGCUGGCCGAGGAGAAAUACGAGGAGAUCCAAACCCGCAGGAGAGAGCUGAGGAGCCGCCAUUUUGAAAAUAUCAGUGUGGACCUCCUGAAUGAGAGCAGAGAGGACGGAGCCUGUCAGACUCUGCCAAUCAGAAGCCACGAUCCCCGGUCAGCAGGAGGGUCACGGCCAAUCGGCAGGCGGGAUGAGCGGGAACCAGAGCUGCACGGUAUCCCAGAGGACCCUCAGGCUGCAGAGGUUUACUACAACCGGGACGGAUUUGACUCGUGUUCAGAGGACGAGGAGACAGAGGCACCCGCAGAGACGCUUUACCUGUCUGACCCACAGGUCAGUGAGCUGGAGGCCGUGAUGAAGCAUAUGCAGAAAGUUCUGGAAGAGGAGCUGAGCGGAGAGCCAGUGCAGCCCGAGGCCCCUCAGAGCCCCGAGGGGCCCCCAACGAUCAACAGCAGCCUGCUGGAGGCCAGAGUCCAGCACCUAAGAGAGUCUGUCUGUCGUCGUCUGGGAUCAGACGUUUUCCAGAAGCUGUACGAGAACCUGAGGGAGGCCAGGCAGCGGCGGGACGCUGAGGACGGCGCCGCAGGAGAAGCUCUACGCCGUCUGGACGGCGAGCCUGAGGUCGCUUUCCAGGUGGACCAGCUGCUGUUCUAUGAAGAAGAGCUACAGAGAGUGAGACAGCUGCGGGAGGACAAAACGCCGCUCUGACUGUCUGUCUGCUUCUGUCUGUCUCAACCAAUUAUCAUGAAGAACUUUUCUUGCUUUACAUGUAAACUCUGAGCUGUAACGUCAGUUCAAACUAUAGUAAAUAGUAAAAAUCUCAGAUUUCGUUCCUACCAGAAUUUAUUUACACUCAUUAUAUGACAGUGGAAAAAGAACCGUGACUGGUGAAAAUCAGACAAAAUCAGCAGCAGAACCAGCUGAUCGGCCACAACACUGAAACCAGUUACAGUGUUCAA